CACAAACACCAUGAAGCUUUCACUUUGAAAGCCAACCCGCCCUGUUUCCGGUGAUGCUCCGGGUAACUGUCGCUAGUUUCACGCAGCUGGAGCGGCUCGCGGCAGCACGCGCGCCUCGCGCUUCUGUCAGUGGAAUACAAACGGACGUUUUUCAGAGCAGAGGACAGAAUUGCUUUCUGAGGCACUAUUCUCCUUUUCUCCCGGUUGUGUGUGUCUCGCCUGUUGACCAUGGGAACACAAAGUGACAAACGGGCUCCGGUGGUAUCGGCUGGAGGAGCCGUUCAGUGACAGCUGUUAUCUGACUGACAGACAGACCGGUGAAACGUGACGGACAGGUAAACCGCUGUGCGUUUCAAAUCAAUGGCCUGGGGAAUAACGGCAACAGAGGAUAUGCUGUAAGGCGAAGUGGUGUGUUUAUCUCGGACUUUACCGCGUUGUGGCUCAAGUAUGGGGUCGGUAUAGCCGGUAGAGCGGAGACUGGAGGUUUGCGUCUGGUUUUGUCUGCGCUCCGUCCCCUCCGGUGGACACAGCUGAAGAGACUGGAGACACGGACGGAGACGGGGCUGGUUUUGUUUCGGCGGAGACAUGGCAGCGGCCAUCGCCAGCGGUUUAAUCCGGCAGAAGCGACAGGCGAGAGAGCAACACGCCCACCGACCGACUACACACCGGCGGCGGAAGAGCCCCGGUAAGAAGCAGGGGCUGUGCAACGGGAACCUGGUCGACAUCUUCUCCAAAGUCCGGAUAUUUGGCUUGAAGAAGAGGAGGCUACGGAGACAAGAACCACAGCUGAAGGGCAUAGUGACCAGGUUGUUCUGCAGGCAGGGCUUCUAUCUCCAGAUGGGCCAGGAUGGAAGUCUGGACGGGACCAAAGACGACAGCACCAACUCCUCUCUGUUUAACUUAAUUCCUGUGGGUCUGAGAGUCGUGGCCAUCCAAUCAGUCAAGACUGGCCUCUACAUCGCCAUGAACGGGGAGGGUCACCUCUACUCAUCGGAACUGUUUACAGCCGAGUGUAAGUUUAAGGAGUCGGUGUUCGAGAACUACUAUGUGAUCUACAGCUCUAUGCUCUACAGACAGAAGGAGUCGGGCCGGGCCUGGUUUCUGGGCCUCAAUAAAGAGGGACAGGCCAUGAAGGGCAACAGGGUCAAAAAGACCAAACCAGCUGCACACUUCCUGCCUAAACCUAUAGAAGUUGCGAUGUACCGAGAGCCUUCAUUGCACGACGUAGGGGAGGCGGUGCCUAAACUCGCCGGGGGCCCGCCUUCCAAAAGCACAACCAGCGAACCGGUGGUCAUGAAUGGCGGCAAACCAGUCAACAAACCCGACAAAGAGGAGACAUAACCCAGCCCCCCGUUUAACUCUCCCCUGGCCAACCGGAGGCCAGGAAAAGCCAGAGACUCGCCCCGCUGCUGUGCUCUCACAAAACUAAACUGCAACAAAAGGUAACCAAACAAACAACAGCUCAAGUUCUGACUGGUCAGCAGUGGGGCCGCACGUCCCGCCUCAGCUCUUCCCCUGUUGGACAGAUCCGAUGUUGUGGGGAAGAGCACUGCGGCUGGUGGCUGGGGGGAAGAGGAGGAUGAAGACCGUAAAGUCAGGCCAAUGCCAGACGGAUAUUUUGGAACUGGGACAGCCCUCAUGUGGGACACGAAAUGACUUCUUAAAGUAUAAACAAAACAAAGAAAAAAUGGAAAAAAAUGUCGUCUUCACCGGUAUUUUUCUGUGACAAUCUGUAAGAAUGAGGCCCCUUUUUUUUCCUCUCCUGAUAGUACUGUUUUCUGUUGCCAGGUAUGCUUGCUUGCUGGUGGCUACACACACACACACACACACACACAUACACACACACACACAUGCACACAACUCCUACCCAAAAUCGACCACUUGGAUUCGAUCUUUGAGUAAAUAAAGAACAGAUUAAAGCAAACAUCGGGCAAAGAGAAUGCUUUAAAUACCAAACACUGAUGAUUCAGAGGAUGCUUAGUCAUCGAUCAAUUAAGAUUUGGCACAAGACCUUCUCUACUAAGCUUAUAAUGAAAUGUACUUGAAAAUGGCCCUCUGCAUUAUAUACAAGGCAACCCAUCGUAUGACAUGUCCCUGAUUUUAAUCACAUACGAUACGAACAUACGAGCUGUUAAAAAGAGAGAGUUCUUAUUUGACACCACAUAGCUUAAAGCAUGUUUGUCUUUUCAGUAUGCCUUUGUUAUCUUUUUGUUGGAUGGUUUAUUACUGUAUUCUGCAUACACAGAGCACUAGUGAUUAUCGAGCUACGUUGUUGUACAGACACAAAAGAGAUUUUAGUGUCUACCUCUCUGUCUUUUUUUUCUGUCCCCUUUUGAAUUCCAUAACGUCACUGACACAAGUGUAGCUCAGGAGAGGAGGAGAACAGCUGACGUGUCAAGUAAGGAGUUUUGGUAUCAAGUUGCUCAAAUUAGUGCGUAGCUGAAGCCAGAACGAUUUCCACAAAUUCCCUGUUUGUAGCAACACGGAGUGCACAGGAGGCAUGCUGGCGUCCAAACAGCAUGGUAGCAGUCAGUGUUUACAUGGAGUAGCAGAAAUUGCAGAGGGUCAAACCUCAAGAACGGUCAGUAGUAUUUUUCCUUUCUGUUGCCUUCCCAAGUACUUGAAGUUAAAGGUAGGAAUGAGGGUAAAAAUGAACAGGGUAAAUGAUGUUAAAGCCACUUUGUGUUGAACUUAACUGCCCAGUGGUUCUUUCAAAAAAGACACUUAGGUAGACAGCAAUACACGCCAGGUCUUCACAUGUCCUAAUCUUCAAAGUUAUUACAGCUCUCAAAUAAAUAUUAAUUUUAGAGGAGUACAGUUUUAAAGUAGCAUAUAUACACAGUAUGUGGAUACUUUGCACAAGUGGAUGCAGAUCUGUGUGUCACUGGCUGCAUUCAGACUGCAGGCAAAUCAAAUUUUUAAGACAGAUUGUCCACACUGUUAUUUGCAAGUGAUCAGAUUAGAGUUGUGUGUACAGAGUGUGUGUUAACAACAUCUGUAACAACGUGGCUAUGCUGAUGACGCGGCUUUCCAACGCAGAAGCAUAAGAAAUGGAGGUUAGGGGUGUCCCCAACUAAGAAUUUGCAAAGUCGAAUCUGAUUCAUCAAGUGUUGCCGAUCAUUGACUCAUUGUCAAAUCAUGUUUUGUUUUCUUUUGCUAAAUGAUUCAUGUUCUUAAUUUUGAAAUAGAACUUGUUUUAUAAUUAUACAUCUUCCAUUCAGCCCUGUAUAUUGUGUGUACGGGGUGAGUGUGUACAUGUGGCGAUGUCCACAGUAAAAAGAGCGAACAUAAGAGAUCGAUAGACAGACAGAACACGCCACUUAGUUUGGGUUCUGCUUGCUGUCUGUGGCUGUAAACAGAACUUUGAGACAGAAAGAUGCAAGCCACUGAUUCUAUUGUGACAGAACCAUUGAGAAGUCUAAAAAAUAUUUAGCGCUACCAAAACAAGCUAUGAUUUAACCCAAACAAUUCUAUGUAAAAAUCAGACAGUCAGCACCACCGUGAGCUGAAUGGCAUGAUCCUUUGUUUCAUAACCACAUUUUCCCGCAGCUAUGACGAUUCCACUGUGAGAUUAGCAGUUGAAUCAGGCUCCUUAGAUCAAAUCGUCAAGUCGUUGACUAUCCAGCGUCGCCCCUGAUGGAGGUCUACCAUUUUGACCACCAAACAAUCAAACUUUGAAGUCGUGGUGCAGAACUACUCUGUUGUACCACACAUGCUCGUCCAUAGUGCUCAUCUAGAAGCAGAAUGGAUUCUGCUCAGCACUUCUGUCCCUCUGGAUUUGACGUCAUCAUUGUGUGACGCAUUGUCAGUGAUGCAAAAGAUACUUUGAAAUCCGAUAUGAGCGUCCAGGCUGAGAAAUCGCAUUUCAAAUCACCUCCAAAUGUGUUUUUUUUUGCUGUCCACACACUCUAAAAUCAAUCUGAUUACAAUCUGGAUAUAAUGAAAAAUGGAUUUGGGAUUGCAGUCUGAACAAGGCCAGUAUGUCUGCGUGGAUCAGGGCUGAUCUGAUCAUAUGUAUUUUAAUUUCAGGAGGAAAUAUAUUUUUUUGACAAGACAGAGGGUGUGAACUUCACAUUGUGGCUCUAAAUUGGCCUGCACAGCGUCCUAUACCAGCAGGUUACAUUACUAAAACAGUAUUAGAAAUGUGGUUUGUGUAACCGCCAAAAACAAACAGCACACACUGAUUGCAGUUUCAAAUCCCACCACUGAAAUGCAGCUCUGAGUGAAAUGUUUCGAACUACAGGGCAGAAAAUCAAAUGCCUUGAAAUGAAAUUAAACCAAAUAGAUUCCCAUGCUUUGCCCUCUCACUGUGACAGUCAACAUGGCACCAAUCUGUUCUGGACUUGAAUCCUGUUCGACACCCAGGCUCUCUGUUUACUCGUCUUUCUAAGACAGCAAGACUAGACGCCAAUUAACUCUUCAGAAAGUUACACCAGUAGUCCGUCAUAUCCCUGAGGAGAUGUUAAUACUGUGAUCCCACACUUCAUAUUAGUGUCAGCGACAAUGAGGCACAGAUGAAUGAAUAUAUUCAGUAAGAAACACAAACUGUGCGUCUCUCUCACUUUGAAUCCUGAUUUUUAAGCAAAGUAACCACUUUGCAUUUUAAUCAGAUCCUUGAAACACUGUCAUAUUUGCUGAAGAUGAAUGACCUCCACUGACGUUCCCAAAACUACAAAGAGACAAGACAAAGCGGCCGCCCUAGACACAAAACCACAAGGCUGUAUGAUUAAUCCUCACAGUUGUUCCGACAUUAAACGAGCUACCCCCAGCCUCAGCAACAGGUGUGUGUCUGUGCAGCAGGUCAAACACUGCGGCUGUUGCACACAAGCCAAGCCUCUCCGACAUGUUUCAUGUUGUCACGCUGUGUUGUACUGUACAGAGGAUACACUCGGCUGCUGAAGAGACUGUGAAAAUACAAGACAGCUCACAGUGUUUCUAAUUGGCAUUUCUCAGAUUUGUUCCUCACAUUCACCACAUUUUUCUCUCCUCUGAUUCUCAUUAGCUGUUACUUGCCUUCAAAUAUGUGUGGCUGAGCAGCUCACAUUGCGUAAACAUAUCUAGUCUCACAUCCAUAGCUACUGUUUGAUAUAAAGGUAUUUUAUAAAAGAAAGAUGUCAGUGAAAUAUGUGUGAAAUAAAAGAAAGAUCAGAGUUUCUGUGUACCCUGGAAAUCUGCAAGUGCACGUGACAUGUAUCAUGAGAAUGUUUGCUGGUUGUAGAUUCUUGCUAUGUGAGUGCCUCUCAUCCCCAGCCAAGCUCGAGAUGUGAGAUCCAGGGUGGCUGCAGAUUUAUGCUAAACACUCGGCCGUCCUGGGCUCCAGCAGGGUUUAUCCAAGAUUUCCAAAUUCUCAAAGUCGCUUGACUCCAGCUCUGUCGAAGUGGGAUGACGGUAAUGUGGAAGAAGUCUUUUAACCGGUGUUGUGCUUGUGUCACGUCAAAGAAAUGUGGAUGUAAUGUUGUGUCACAGUAGGGGUUACUACGUAAAAAAAAAACAAACCCUGACAAUCAGGUCUGUAAACUUUUAUUUUUUAAUGUGUCCUGUGUUGUCUCCGCUGCUUGUGUCUAAGAAGCCACUUUAAUUACAGCAUAGAGUAUGAUGUUUUUGUAUUUGCCUGAGCAAACGUUAAGAGAUACAAUCCAGGACAGCAACUGCUUUCCACUGAACGAUUAUCAAGCAGCUAAUUUGUCUGCACUGCUGGCAGAGGAAAAAGAUCGACUUAGCAAAAGAACCAAAUCUUCCUCCGUUCAAAGAGGCCCAGCUUGUUAGGUUAGAAGUAGGGUCCACGUGUGAAAGCAGCUAUUGAAGAUCUGUGGCACAUGCUCAAGAAUUAAUGAUAGCUGAGGCCAGAGAAAAAGGGGCCUGGUUUCCUGGCUGCUGACCAAAGACACUGCUACAAUAGUGUUUCCAGGCUGGUAAUCACAGUUACUGGUUCAAACAACGACGGCGCAAUUACUGUCAGUGUCUCCUGAGAGAUUUCUCUCCACUGGUGGUUCGCCAGGUACCAAGGCUACAAUUAUGAGAUAUCUAACAGCGAGCUCUGCACAGGAAAGAGAGCAGCUGAUUUAAUUAGAAGUGAGCAAUCAUGACAACCCGGGUCACUUUUAAUUUCCACAUACAAGUACCACUUGUGUUCUCAUGGCAGGUACACAUGUAGCCAUCUUACUUUGUCCUGCAUGAACUGUAGCUCUGAAAUCAGAAAAUGGACACGAGAACAUAAUGGGACAAAAAGGCUUGUGUGACCCGACCACUGCAGUACAGGUGCACUUUAGAGACACAGGGACAUGUAAUGGUUCGCACUGUACUCAUGAUGUAGCUGGUCUCCCUCAGGUUUUCUUUUCUUUUUCCUUUUUUCUCCAUUCCACUUUAUUCCUCUGACAAAAGACUGCCUUAUUACAUCUGAAUCUGAAACGAGACAGUAAACGCACUCUCCUGUUGUUGUUUUUUCUCAACACUCAUCCCACACAAACACACAAAGCAGACACACACUCUUCAUCUUAUUUUACGUUUCAAUUAUCCUUUGAUCCCCAAUCUUCUGUUCACUGUAACUAUGCUAGCUUUUGCUCUCUGCUCGUUUUGUAAUCACGCAGCCAGAGAACUUCUUCCCACCUCCUCUUUUCUCCUCCUCCUCUCUCUGUUCGGACUGUUUCCCACUUGUUGCAUGUUUUUUAAAAGAGGAAAGAUGACUGGGGCUAAUGCAUGUGGUAAUUUAGGAAAUGUGUUAUCAUAAACAAAACAAACAUUUACAGUGUAGCACCAGUGAAACUUUGCAUCUGGCUCGUUGGUUUGCUGCAGCCACUUUUGAUGUUUGUGUAAUUUUUACAUUUUCCCGUGGCAUCAGAAACAACUCACAGAGACACAUUGUUUCCAAGCACAAUCCAUCACUGCAUUAAUGGAGCAAAGGAAGAAUGAAUCAAAAUUACUUCAUAUCGCUAACAUUGUUACACUAAUGCAUGUCUUGCGUGGAAUACUUUCAGCAGAGCAUCAAUAUUUAAUUCUGGAGGCUGAGAGCAGGAAAAUUAUAAAAAACAGUAAGUAAUUGUUUGAUUUCCUUUGCUGCUUCAUUUAACAAUGAUGGAUUGUGCUCAGGGAGUUAUUUUAGAUGCUGGUAGAUGUAGAAAUAGAUGCCCUGAUUAAGGACCGUCACACAACAUAUAGUAUUACAUAUUGUGACUUUUAAGGUGGGCAAAAAUGGUGUUACGCAGCUGUAAACUAACGAGAGAUGGUUUAGGUUUUCCUCCUCAAUCAGUGCUGCCACUGGUGGUCACAUGCUGUAUUACAGCAACACAGAAUGAUUUAACAUGGUUUGUAUUGACAUCAAUGAAAAAAAACAUAACCUGAUGCUGUUUUUUCCCACCUUCUAAUCAUAAAGGAGAUUGUGUACCGUCGAGUGAGUCUGGGUUUCCAACAUUCUCCCUGUGCCCAAUGUCAAGAGGAACUGUGUGACCUAAACGUCCGGGUUAUAUCACUGAUAUGUAGUGUCAUAGUCCUGGAUCAGGGGUUAAUGAAAACUAGUGCACACAUAUAAUUACAUGUUCAGUUUCAAAGUGAGACUGUGAUUAACUGCAGGAUGGAGAACACAUUGAAUAAAGCCGUAGAUUCACAACCUUCUGUGUCUGGCUAAUGCAAACCAUGCUAUGAGCCAGAUGCAAUGUGUCCCAGGUGUUUACCUUAAAGGAGAUUACUCUGUCUGUCAGUAAAUGUACAGUUACCUUUACAUACAUAUUAUGCAAACAGUUUGUCUGCACUGUACAGUUUGUGUCCAAUCCAUUGUAUACACACAGAAAACAAUAUUGAAUAAAGGAUUUAUA